GUGCGCGGUUGUGCCUUCUCCAUAGGUGUCGCUGCGGUUGGUAUUGCGCUCUUGGAGCGCUGGACUGUGUUUAAGGCGACGAUUCCACGGGGUUCUGGAGGGCGAGGUGCAGAGGGACCCUGGACUUUGACCCGCCUAGAGAGGACACGUGACUCGUCACACUGGGGAAAGAGAGUUUGGCCAGUCACAAGCGUCGUUUCCCAGUUCCCAAAGGGGUAGGGUAUAAUGGACGGCCUCCUGACUCCCAGAGAAUCUGCAAAAUUCAUUGCAGAAAACAGUCGGGAUGUGUUCAUCGACGGCGGGGGCGUGCGGAGGGUAGCCGAGCUGCUUCUCGCAAAGGCCUCGGGGUCGGAGCUGCGCGUGGAGGGGUGGAAGGACCUUCACGAGCUGAAUCCCAGGGCGGCCGACGAGGCCGCGGUCAACUGGGUGUUCGUGACAGACACGCUCAAUUUCUCCUUUUGGUCGGAGCACGACGAGCACAAGUGUCUGGUGGGGUAUAGAGGGAAAACGUACAGUGGGUACUGGUCCUUGUGCGCCGCAAUCAACAGAGCCCUCGACGAAGGAAUACCAAUAACUAGUGCCACAUACUAUGCCACAAUGACCCUGGAACAGGUUCGGCAUGUAUUCCGUUCUGACACAUUAGUUCCUAUGCCUUUGAUAGAAGAGAGGCAUCAGAUUCUCAACGAAACCGGGAAAAUUCUACUUGAGAAGUUUGGAGGCUCUUUUCUUAAUUGUGUCCGAAAAAGUGAAAAAAGUGCACAGAAGUUAAUGCACCUGGUAGUUGAAAGUUUUCCUUCUUACAGAGAUGUGACUCAGUUUGAGGGGAAAAGGAUUUCUUUUUAUAAACGGGCCCAAAUCCUUGUGGCGGAUACGUGGAGUGUAUUAGAAGGAAAAGGAGAUGGCUGCUUUAAGGACAUCUCCAGUAUCACCAUGUUUGCUGACUAUAGAUUACCUCAGGUUCUUGUUUAUCUUGGGGCGCUGAAAUACUCUGAUGAACUACUGAAGAACCUUCUUAAAGGAGAAAUGCUCUCAUAUGGGGAUAGGCGAGAGGUAGAAAUUAGAGGCUGCUCGCUUUGGUGUGUUGAGCUGAUCCGGGAUUGUCUUCUGGAGCUUAUUGAGAAAAAUGGUGAAAAAACUAGUGGUGAGAUCAGUUCCAUUCUUUUGGAUUAUUACCUAUGGGACUAUGCCCGUGAUCGCAGGGAAGAUAUGAAAGGAAUUCCAUUUCAUCGCACGCGUUGCAUAUAUUAUUGACCCACAAUGUAAACUGGUCCAAAGAAAAUUCCCUGCAUUUUUAUGUCAUGUAAUCAUUUGUACUGUUUUGCUUUCAGAUUAAGAGAAGGUGGCACAGGUAACAGGAACAAGAAACAUGAUUACCCAGUCUCAUGUUAAAAAUUUUUCCUGAGAUAUUGCUGUGUGUUUGUUUAGUUUUGAAAAUAUUUACCCUUUCUGUGGACACAUUGACAGAAAUAAUGAAGGACCUUUAAUGCUUUCACUUUUUAAAUUUCAGAUCUCUUAAAAUUAAUCAUGUCUUAUAAAAUGCGAUUUAUCUUCAUUGAUACUAUUUCAGCCAUUCAGUUGAUAACUUUUCUCACGUUCUAGUAAUUUUCUAUGUAUGUUCAUCAUUUUAUAUAAAAAAGGGAGGGGGAGGGGCUUUCAUGAAUGAAUGUUAUUGCUCUUGUAAAAACAAUCUUAUAGUUUAUUUUAAACUUUUUUUAUGGGUAAUGAUAGUGAGUUUGUAUGUGAGGAUUUUCAAUUUAGGUGAUCUAUUUUGCCUUGUAUUUUUUUUUUCAGAGUAACGACAUUGGAAUUGAAUAAAGAUUUUUAAAACUUUUCUUAAACCUGGAAUGGAUUAUUUCAUUAAAAUGGAAUUUACCACAUAGAAUUUU